GUAAUAAGUUUGAGGUAAAUAAAAGAGCCUUGGGACAACACCUCUCCUCAGUCCUCCUCCAGUGAAGACUGUUGGUGGUAUCAUCACUUGUGGCUGACGUCUGAGCCUGUACCGUAUAAUACCUGUGCCUCCAUAUAGCAGCUGUGCUAGUUAUUAUCUGUGGCUCAGCUCCUGUAGUGUGAUGUACAACCACAGCGGGAGUGCCAGUGUUCAUUCCCACUUCGUCCAGCACCACAAGUUACAGUCAUGGAUGAAGAUAACCCCCUGGAAUGUAAGGUGUGCUUCACCGAAUAUGAUGAUGAGUUACGUCGACCUCGUAAUCUUCCGUGUGGCCACACCUUUUGCACUCAUUGUAUAACUGAUACACUUGGAAAUGGCAGCCUCACCUGCCCUAACUGCCGCAAGGAACAUUAUGCCACUUUUGCAACCGAGUUUCCAAUCAGCUAUUUGGCUGAAGCACUUAUCAAAUCACUCAGGGCUGUUCGCAUCUCAUCAACAACAUCAAAAAGACCAAGGCGAGACAGUCCCAAAGGAAUCAGCAAGAAACUUGAGUCACUGAGAAGUGAACAAGAGAGCACUGUCCGUGUAUGGAUCACUAACUGCCAACAGUCAAGAUCUCAAAUGAAUAAAUAUGAGGAACAUCUUCUCAAGUGGAAAGAAGACCAUCGUGGUCUCAUAGAACUGCUUGACAAAGUUGCUCAGCAGAACAGGGAAGCAUUACAGAGCUUGGAGGAGGAGCACUGCAGUUUGGUAGACAUGCGUAGAGCUGGAAUAGAUGAGGAGAGACGGCUGGAAGCCUUAUUGGAGUGCCUGACACAAGCCAACUCUGCCCAGGAGGUUGAUACUGCCAUUGAUGAUGCUGAUGUCUGUGGCACUGGAGCACAAGACUGGAACUAUGCCAUACAGAAGUGCUUCCCCAGUGUCAAAGCUGUACAUACUUCUGCAUUGGUGCGAGAAUCUACCAAGAAGGGGCUGGAGGUGAUAAACAGAAAGUCUGGAGGCGCUGUGGCUACCCCGGUCAUUAUAGACUCUGGGAAGACCAUUCAAGACAAGGUAGACCUGAUUAUAGGUCAUUCUUCACUGACCGAGAACACACCACAGGCAAUCAGACCCAAAGAAAAGUUUGAUGUCAAUGUUGACUUUCUGCUUAACUUUCCUGGUUCCCUGAAAAACUCAUUGCUGUUAGGCCAGAUGUUUGCUGUGGUGGAGGAUGAACCAGUAUACUCAGCUAAGAUCUCACUGCAAGGAGACAAAAUAUGCCUCCACUACCUACAGGAUAAGCCUGUACCUCCUGAAGCUAAAACUGUAAAGCACAGUCAGUUGAUGAGUGUGGUUGACCCCAACUCUACAUUGGUGUUUCUGGACUUGGCUUGGGAAGGUUCAUCUGGAGGUCGAAUCUACAUACGAUUGUCCCAAACAAACACUAAUAAUUGGGCCCAACAGUUCCUGGCUCUUUGUACAGCUCAGCAGGGCCCUACCUAUGCUAACACCCACUUUCUUGGGACAUUUAGACAUGUCCAAGAGGAGGGUGUGCUAGCAGGAGACUAUGAGCAUAACAAUGGUAAUGGAGGAGCUGCACUACAGAAGGGCCUGGCAUCAUCACAGUGCACAGGAACAUGGACUGAGGGGACAGUAUCAGGGAGGAAGGAAGAUGAUGCAACCGCAGCACAGUUCUACAUCAUCACAAGAGUCAACUCGGCAAGAGUAGGUCAGGCUGUCAUUGGUCAGGUGGAGAGUGGCCUAGGGGUGGUGAGGUCAGCAGUCAGCCUCAGUGAUGUCAGGAAAGUGACCGUCGUGGACUGUGGCGUUGUCCUGCAUCUCUGACUGCAUUACCUGUCACUCACACCAGUCUCUAACUUGUUAUUCUUAUUGCUCACUAAUAUGAGUUUUUAUUCUUGCCUGUGUUCUAAUGACAAUCAUUCUUAUUACAGUACCACUCUAGUAUCACACUUUCCUUUCCUUUCAUAUCUUCUAUCUCACUGAUAAUGGUUGUCAUUCUUUUUUCUUCUGAUACAACAGUUGUGACUUGAUUCCUCGUCUGCACAGAUGUUGUUACUUGUACAGUAAAGAACAAAAGUCCUGUUGCCUCUUCUGCUGCUCCAUGAACCCCAAGAUUCACUCUUUAAUUUGAACCAUUUAUGGACAGAAUAAUGCAUCAGUAACUUCUGUUUCGGGUUCAUGAGUCUGAAUCUCAGGGUUGGUGAACCGGUAGAAGAAGCGACAGGACUUUUGUUCCUGACUGUACACUAUUAACUGUUUAUAUUAUUCUUCCUCACAGGUGUUGUCAUUCUUCCAUUCUACUGUAUAUGAUAUCUUGUCAUUUUUUACUGUCAUCAUCAUAGGUGUGGUCACUCUUACUUCAACUCUCAAACUGACAUCACUGUCCUGAUUUUCCCUCUCAGCACCUAUUUUCACAUGACACUCACCAGCACCAUAAUCAUUGUCAUUAAAACAAUCACUAUAAUGCAUUGUUCAUUCCAGGAUGUUUCCUUGUGCCAUCAGGAAGUAUCACAAGUUGCUCAUUCAUAUCACAUACAGUAUAUCGCUGUUUUGGUACAUAAUUUUAAUGAACAGAAAUAUUUUGUAUUAUGACAAAUGAAUGCAUCCAGAUCAUUUGGAAUUAUUUUAUAUUAAAUAUCAUAAAAUUAUCCACAUUACUGUUUCGUAUCGAGUAUAAAAUUUAAUUUCAUUGGUCACUGGAGUUAUUAGCCACUGCUCAUGAGGAAAGGCAGAGUCUCAAAUGUAAAUAAGAGCAAAAUACUUUAACUCUGCUUCAUUUCUUCUCAAAUGCCAAAGUUUUCUGAGGUGAUAAUAACAGUUUACAGUAUACUGGAAUAAUUAUUGUGAUAACACAAGACAAAAUCACCUUGUCUUUGUUCAACAAAAGAAUGUUUUAAAAGAACUAUCUUAAAUGUUCAUUUUGUUGAUAUUCAGGACAGUAGCCAUAAGAAUUUGAUGUACAGCUGAACACCAUAUAUCAUGAGAGUACAGUGAUGUUCCUGUUCAACAUUUUGUUGUAGGAAAUCAUGUUAUGUGAAAACUAAAGCUAAAGACACUGUACUGUACUGUACUGUAGAUAAACCUUAGAAAUAUGUUGGUGAUACAGACCACAAUUUACAAAGACAGGUAAGUAAAUUCAGCUUAUAAUUACUCUGGAGUGAUUGAUGGUGGUGGUCAGUACAGCAUGGCCAUUGGUGGGUGGCAGGAUUUUUUUUUAUGUAAUUUCUUUGCUGAAACUUUCUAGUUUAUUGCUGUGUGUAGGAACACCAGAAGGGUUCAUAGGGCACUUGGGAGCCAUUAUAAUACGGUACACUUAGAAUUAGUACACAAUUAACACAAACACAGCAUGGAAAUUAUGACACACAGAACAGGUUGCAGGGACAGUCUUAGCAUAGCAAGAGAAGCAUGGCAACUGACACUCACAGACAUGUUUAAAAAUUAACUGACUCAUCAAAGAUGGCUGGCUUAAGACUUGUGAUCUGCACCGCGCUGACCAAGUAUUAUUAGCUCCUAGUAGCUGGGUAAUCUCUGACUACCUCAGGGAGAUGUGAUGCUCUGCCUUGACAGUUAAGAGGGCACUUAGAAGUCCUAUAUAUAAUACCCAGUUCCCACUCUGUAAAAGUGGGUUGGUGAUAAGAAGGACAUCCACCUGUAAAACUUGCUUCACCUAUGCCUGAUGGCUACAGAGACACCAUGCCAUCAGGUAAUUACAGCUAACCCAUUCAAAGCAUGGAAAAUGGUCGUAAAAUAAUGAUGGCGACUGAUCAUGCUAACCUGACCACAUUACAUGGGGAUUUUUGCCAUGUAAUGUAAAAUUUAGUUACAAUUUAUGAGGCAUUUUAUAGUGAUAAUUAAUUCAUCAUGUGAGACCUCAUUAUAAGAGCUUAUCACACUAUAACUGUAUACUGUAUGCCAUUUGAGUAGAAACCAAAUUUAUUUAAUAAGAAUGCCACUCGGGCCCGUAGAAAGUGAUAUAAUAUUGGUGCAACGAGCACUGAAGAGGAACUGUUAUACCUUAAAUAUGAUGUGACUAAAAAGGUCACUGAUAUACUGUAUGCUUUAUGGUAUGAUUCCCGAUGUCUACUACUGUAUGAGGCUCUAAGUUCGAGACUUAAGUACCUGUAUUAUACCCUCAUACUGUAUAAACUAUACAGUCAGGUUUAACAUUUUAUAACUUAUUCAUGAAAAGAAAAAAUAUACAGGUACUCCUGUAAAAAUACUGGACUUAUAAAGUUCAUAACAAAGAACAGACCAACUGCCUGAGUGGUGAAAUGAUAAAACAAAAAAUAAAGUCUAAUCGAAACAUGUACGGCAUUUGCCUCCAUUUGUGGUUGUUUAGCACCAUUAGGCUCUGUUGCUUCAUGGUACAGUAGACCAGAGGAAGGUUUUCACUCUCCUCAGUGGUGCACUGAACCACUGCUCACAUUUGUGGCUGGCGUAACCAACAAUAGUCUUAGCAAAAUAGGUAUCACUGUGCCUUAGGCAGCUUUAAAAGGACUCUAACGUUGUCUUUUAAAGUGAAUGAUUUUUCAUCUCUAAAAAGACCUUUGUAGAAUUUGCAUUUGACAUAUUAGUAGUUGACCAUCAAGGUGUCCAGUAUUAGAACCACCCCAGUCACUUAGCUACUCUGUGUAUGGCAGAGACAAUGUAGCCUCUCUGUAAAUACAGUAACUGUAUUUGUUUGGUGAAUCAUGGUAGUCACCCUGUGUGGUGCCAAUCUGACAUUGGCAAAAUAUUGCUCUCUUUCUCCCUGGAGUGACAGCCUCUCUGUAGAAGCUGCAAAAUGCAUCAUCCUUGAGGGGUGACUCAAGAGUAGCCAUCUCCUGGCCUUCCACUACAGUACAUCCUCAUGCUACAUAGUUCUACAGUACUGAAGUUAUUGGUAUACAAGAGAAAUGUCUGCCUCAACAAAAUGUAAGCUGAUACCCCCAGAUUCAUGAUCUCAUCUCUGGGUCUGUAGUGGAAAUUAACAACUUAUCCCAUAGAUCAUCUAGUAUGACAUAGUUAUUAAUUAUACUUUUUGGGGAAUGUAUAUUUACAGUCCAUCUUGUGGGAUAGAGAACUGUUAUUUCAAGUUUUCUAUGGAGCUAAUGCAUUCUUCAGGGAUAGGAAUACCCCUUCUCCCUUAGGACUUCUCUUGAUGGGGGUAACUAAUGAUCAUGUUGUGUCAUAACAUUACAUAUCAUAUUCUCGUUUUCACAUCACUGUAGGCACUGAGCUACUGACAAGCCCUGUGAGUACAUCAGGGCAGGAUUGCCAGGUCAGUGAACAGCUUCUUAUGAAAAAUCACCAGAAAUAUAACUCUCCAGAAAAUUUACAUUCUGGAUAAUUUUUUGUUGGUAGCUGUUUUUUAUCAGAGGUACAAUUAUAAUACAAAUUUAUUUUACAGUCCUCAUAACUUAAAAAAGAAAUCCACAUGUUACACAACUCUAUACAAAAUUUUAUAAAAUAAUUAAGUGACCAACUAUUGUAUUGGUGUGGCAGGAACUUCAUGCGACAUAUUUGUCACACUCAUACAUUUUGUGGCUCGGCAUCAUUUACUUAACUGGUAUAGAGCACAGUUGAUGCCAACCAGUCACUUGAGAUGGUUAACACUAUAACAAGAGAAGUAGCAGGGAAGAGAAAGCUGUACAGUACAUUGCAUUUGUAGGCUUAGAGAAGGCAUUUAACAGAGUACCACGUGGAGUAGCAGUACAGCGGGCAAUCGUGGAGUGUUUGUUGUGAGUGGCUAUGGCAUUAUAUAAGGACUUAAGAACCUAUGUGAGAAUAAAUGGUGAAGUAUUUGAGGUGAAAUUAUGGGGCAUCAGAGGUCUGUCUCAAGCCUCCUUCUGUUUAUCUUGGUGUUAGAAGCAAUACAUUCUUAUGAUAUUUUAGGACUGGUUGCUCUUGAAGUUGUUGUACUUAGUGCUGAUAGCAGAGAGUAUUGAAGUGGCAGUGGAAGGAUGGAAUAGUCCAAGGGUAUGAGA